UCACGCAUGCGCAAAGGAGGCUGAGCGCCGUACCGUCCCUUAGUGGUCUGCGCAGGCGCAGCUGUAGCCGGCCCGUCAUCUCCUGGACAGGAGGAAGCAGCCAUGGAGUCAUACGAUGUGAUCGCGAACCAGCCUGUGGUGAUUGAUAAUGGCUCUGGAGUCAUUAAAGCUGGCUUUGCUGGUGAUCAGAUCCCAAAGUAUUGCUUUCCUAACUAUGUGGGGCGGCCAAAGCAUAUUCGAGUCAUGGCUGGUGCCUUAGAAGGAGAUCUAUUUAUUGGACCAAAGGCAGAGGAACACAGAGGCUUACUAUCUAUCCGAUACCCCAUGGAACACGGCAUUGUGAAGGACUGGAAUGACAUGGAACGCAUCUGGCAGUAUGUCUAUUCAAAAGAUCAGCUUCAGACGUUUUCUGAAGAGCAUCCCGUCUUGCUAACAGAAGCGCCCUUGAAUCCCCGGAAAAAUCGCGAACGAGCGGCAGAAGUUUUCUUUGAGACUUUUAAUGUUCCAGCACUGUUCAUUUCCAUGCAAGCUGUGCUGAGCCUCUAUGCCACAGGGAGAACAACGGGGGUUGUCCUGGACUCCGGAGAUGGAGUAACACACGCAGUGCCCAUCUAUGAAGGCUUUGCCAUGCCUCACUCCAUCAUGAGGAUUGACAUUGCUGGCCGAGAUGUCUCCCGCUUCCUCCGGCUUUAUUUGCGGAAAGAGGGCUAUGACUUCCAUACCUCAGCUGAGUUUGAAAUUGUCAAAACCAUUAAGGAGCGUGCAUGUUACCUGUCCAUAAAUCCACAAAAAGAUGAGACGUUGGAGACAGAGAAGGCCCAGUAUUACUUACCUGACGGAAGCACCAUUGAGAUUGGCCCAGCCCGAUUCCGGGCACCUGAGCUGCUGUUCCGACCAGACCUUAUUGGAGAGGAGUGUGAAGGAAUUCACGAGGUGUUAGUAUUCGCCAUUCAGAAGUCAGACAUGGACCUAAGGCGGACCUUGUUCUCCAACAUAGUGCUCUCUGGAGGAUCCACCUUAUUUAAAGGAUUUGGGGACAGACUUCUGAGUGAAGUAAAAAAAUUAGCACCAAAAGAUGUAAAAAUAAGGAUAUCUGCUCCUCAAGAACGAUUAUAUUCUACAUGGAUUGGUGGAUCUAUUUUGGCUUCUUUGGACACCUUCAAGAAAAUGUGGGUCUCCAAGAAGGAAUAUGAAGAAGACGGGCCCCGAGCUAUCCACAGGAAAACUUUCUAACGUCCCAAAAGACCAAGUCUCUGUAUCAGUCCACUUCAGUUUAAAACUCGCUUUUUGAGUAUGAGAGUGUGGUUGGGAGGUGACUGGUGGGUGGGUGUGAAUGUAUGUGUCUGUAUGCGCUCUCCAGCAUGCCAAGAAGUGGUUAAACGAGGGCAGAAGAGGGCAGCCGAAUAAACCCAUCGGAGAGGAAAGCCUUUAUCCCAUUCCUAUUUAUGUGUUACGUUGCACCAGGGUCUGUAAAUGGUCUGUUGCGAAAAUAUUUUAUCGCAUUAUAGCCUAUUUAUCCUUAACAGAUUACCGUACAUAAAGUAUAAAGACAAAAAACCUAGCUGGCAGCACAUAAUGAACUGUUCAGUGACGUAUGUGACCCCCGCACUUCUUCGCCACACAGGCCUUCAGAAUUACGUUUACUUGAGUCAACAA